UCGUGGAUGUGAGAUAAAACGGGGUACACAAGUUGAAGAGCAGCCUCGCCUAUGAGAUGAGGACGUUUUCCUCUCUCCUUCCCCUGACGCGCCUAACAGCGUUGAUCAUUUAAACGAUUUGCACCAAAUGAGUGAUGGAAUAAACGAUCGACUGUGUGUCAGGUUGUAAGAAGGCAAUAUUCGGUAACGCGGACUUAACUUUCUUAAAAGGGAGAAACUCCGAAGUGAACUGGUGAGGCUGGAAUUGAGGGACGCUACAGAAUGCCGUGGCAUUGCGUUUUAGUUAAUUUCGGAAUAUAACAGCUUUCCUCUUAAGACCAAGGAUUUUCAUAACACGUCUUACAAGUCAACGAAAUGAAUGAUCUGGACAUAACAUUUCAGUUGCAUCGUUGACGGAUUCGUUCAAUAGUGGAUUAUGUUACGCAAAGCGGUUGACGUCUGAACUGAUAAAUAAAUACAUUCGCAGCUUGUGAACAAUUUCCUUCUAAUGUCCAAGAUGAGAAAAUUACGGAUUGACAAAGCAAGCGCUCUACAAGUCUGCCCGAUUCUCAAAAUGCUUAUUUUGGCUUCGUUCUGGAGAGGUGACCUAUCCUAACUCCAGUGUGGUCAUGAAUAAGCAUGUCAGGGAGCCAAGAUUGAAGACAGGGGAUGGAGUGCCGUGGCUCCUCUGAUGGCCAGCAGAAGUUCUCAGCCCUGCCCAUCUAUCUGCCCGUGACCUAUCAGGUGCAGAAUGCUGAGUCAUUCUUCUUCUUGAAGGAGGCGGGACAGGAAGUGAUGCGGAAUGGCAGCCUGCAGAGCCGUGCCGAGCCCUUCUUUGUGCAUCUGACUGACGGCGGCAUUCCAUCAGUCAACUGUAGUUAUGGUAAUUUGACGGCAGAGGCAUCGGUGCCUCUGGAACUGCUUCAGGCGACCCCACCAUUGCUCCCUGGACCUAGACUUGUCACCGCCAACUGGAAAGUACAAGCACACCUAGUGACGCCUCGUGUGACGGUCAAAUGGCCACGGGUGCAGGUACUAUUCUACUUGGCGGGGCGCCGCUGGGAUGAAGAGCCUGUUCCCCCAGAGCUGCUGCCCUGUGUGCGUGUUGCCGCCCUUCUGGAAGCUGGGGAAACUGCAGGUAGCUGCCGCCUGGAAGGCAGCCUGGGGAUCUGUGUGGUGGAGUUAGAGCUACCGUCUGGGUGGUUCAGCGUCCCACUUGGUCGCAAAAAGGGCACAGGAGCAGGGGUGGGUGCCACAGAACUCUUCUAUACCAUUCAGCCACUAGAGGGCAGCAAUAAGAACUGCGGGGCCAAGGAGUCGCCAAGGGCCCGGAAUAAUGGCCCUAGAAAGGGUGGUGCUAUGCUAUAUAGCCACAGGAUUGGCUCGGUGGAGCUCGUGAGCAAUCCAGAGGAAGCACCCCAGCUGAACAGUCUCAUUUUGGAUGACAAUGUCGAGAUUCAGGCCCCAGCCAGACCGGUAAAACAAGGACAGACAGUGACUUUCCAAGUCAAUCGGAGGUCUGGGUCCAUGGUGGAGCAGUUCAUCUUGAGAGUCAUGUUCAGUGAAGGAGUGAGCUUCGUGGGCCUGAGGCUCAGUGAGCAAGCAGACUGGGAGGCAGAGAAGGAGGCGCUUCCAGCAGGCGCUGGCCUGUCAAUCUUCUGUUACAGGAAGCCUGGUUCAACAGGGGACAGGGCGAAGCGCUCCGCCUACGAGGUCAUGCGUGUGGAGUUUGAGAUCGACAACUUCAUCAAUGUGCAGUCCACUCAGCCGGUGCGGUGGCAUAUCGAGUACCCAGGAUCCACUGCAGCAGAGGCAGAGGGAGUGUCCAACCUGUACGUCAGCCAGAGAGCUCUACAGGGCAUCGUGCCUCUGGCAGAGGACACAGAGAUCCUGAACACGGCCAUUUUGACGGGCAGACGAGUUGCAGUGCCGGUGAAGGUGGUCACAGUGGAGGAGGAUGGAACUGUGCGUGAGCUGGACGAGCCCAUUGGCUGCAGCUCCACCAAUGAGGACGUAAUUAAGGUGUCCCCGACGUGCGAUGCUGUCCUGGUCAACGGCAAAGAAAUAAGUGGCAAGCAGUCAGUACAAGUGAACUUUACCUUUCUGCACCUGAGCGCCCAGCUGGGACUCACGGUGUGGGCUCCCCGGCUGCCGCUGCAGAUUGAAGUGUCGGAUGCAGAGUUGAGCCAGGUGAAGGGCUGGAGAGUGCCAAUCCUGGCCAGCAGGCGACCCACCCGUGACAGUGAGGAUGAUGAGGACGAGGAGAAGAAGGGCAAGGGCUGCACACUGCAGUACCAGUAUGCCCUGGUGAGGGUGCUGACACACUUCGUGGCUGAGCCAGCCGAGACAGGGGGGCAGCUGGCAUAUCUGCUGGGCCCUGAUUGGCAGGCGGACAUCACGGAACUGGUGGUGGACUACUUCAAGGUGGAGGACCCCCGUAUCGCCAGGCUUGUAGACGGCAGGGUUCUGAUGGGGAGGGACCUGGGCAUCACUACCAUUCAGGUGCUAUCUCCUCUCUCAGACUCUAUCCUGGCAGAGAAGACAAUCACGGUGCUGGAUGACAAGGUGACCAUUACAGACCUUGGUGUGCAGCUGGUGGCUGGUCUGUCUCUGUCACUGCAGCCCAGCCUGGCGAACAGCCACACUAUUGUGGCCACUACCACUGCCCUGGACUUACUGCAUUCUAUCAAACAGGAUGCUGUAAUUAGUGCUUGGAUCCAGUUCAGUGAUGGCUCUGUGACACCACUCAGCAUCUACGACUCCAAGGAUUUCACCCUUACUGCCACGUCCUUGGAUGAGAACAUAGUAUCCACCUACCAGGAGCAUCCAUUGAAGUGGCCAGUGGUGGUGGCUGAGGGGGAGGGCCAGGGUCCUCUGAUCAGAGUGGAGAUGGUCAUCUCUGAGACCUGCCAGAAGUCUAAGAGGAAGAGCGUGCUGGCGGUGGGCACAGGAAAUGUCCGCGUGAAGUUUGGGCAGAAUGAUGUGGAUCUCAGGGGCACAGAGGAGGAGGAUAAUGACAACCUAGAUAAUGGGACCAGUGAUCGCAGACAAAAGACCUCAGAACUGGACAAGGCCAGUCCUGAUAGCUGGAAGUACAACAGUGCCUCCUCGGACCGUGAAGAGGGGGCUAUGAGAAAAGUCAGCACUACCACCAAGACCACUAUUACAAGCCAUGCUGGGGGCAGCAAGCUGGCAGGAGGCACUGGGGGACAGGGCGUAAUCAUCCCUGUGGACCUCACCAGCUUCCCUGCGCAGGUGGAUCUCCCGGGUGGAAGCAACCUGCCCCAUGCCAGUAGAGGGUUGUCUGACCUGGAGAUCGGGAUGUAUGCCCUCUUGGGAGUUUUCUGCUUGGCCAUCCUAGUCUUUCUCAUCAACUGUGUGACCUUUGCUUUCAAGUACCGGCACAAGCAGCUGCCAGUGUUGGAGCAGGGAAACAUGAACCACGCCCAUGACUGGGUGUGGCUGGGCAACGAGGCGGAGCUCCUGGAGCAUCACAGGGACACGUCCCCUCAGCCGGAUGAGUGCACCACCAUCAUCGACCGUGGCGACGGCUAUGAGGAGAGCAAGUACCUGCUGAAUGGUGGAAUUCAGAAGAACAUCCAGGGCCAAAUCCAUCGGCCUGCAGACCAAGGGCCCUGCAAUGGCAAAGACCCCAAGUCCGAGUUGCUCAACAACUCGCCCAGUGCCAAGCGCAAGAGGGUUAAGUUCACCUCAUUUGCCACCAUCCUUCCAGAUGACGGGGGCCCGUACACCAACUCCAUCCUAAUAGGUAAUGAAGAUGAUAUCAAGUGGGUCUGUCAGGACAUGGACCUAGGGCAGUCCGCAGAAAUCAGAACGUACAUGGAGAGGCUACAAGACAAUCUGUAACAGGGGGAGUGACACGUGAUUUUAACUCACCUAUAAUGCCUUUUGUUUUGAAAAAAGUGGAGAAUGUUGGGAAGUGAAAGGGUGGGGGAAUGUGACCGAUACGUAGGAAAAAGACUGAGGGAAGGUAUGCUACUUCUCAAUAUUAUAUUACGGAUGGUGAAUGUGGGCAUUUCCUCGGAAACAAAAUGAUAAACAAGAAACAACAGGUAGAUGGAUGAUGGACAUGAAGGAGUCUUGCAAAGAGCAAAAUAAGUGAUACAAAAUCAAAAAAGUAUUUUUUAUUCAGGCAUAUUUUUUUUCCAUUAAGUUUGUUUAAGAUUUUGGUUGUUGACUUUAUGAUUUGUACUUGUUCCUGAAACACAUACAUGGACAUGUGUAUACUAACUAUAGACCUUUUCCAGUGAAUGGUGGUAAUUGAUAAAGGACAUUAGAAAUGUUACCAGGAAAACAUGAGAACAUGGCAAUAGCAUUAGAGCCCUUUUACUCUCCUUCUUUUUAUUCACUGUAACCAUUUGCACCUUUGUGUAUAUCCACGGGUUAAGGUCAAUGCAAUGUAUUGUAUUUCAUUGUUAAAAUUAUUUAUUUUUGUAAUAUUUGAUGGCGUUCUGCUCAGCAUUCCAAAAAUGGAAUCUUGAGUGUGGAAAAGUGAGACUUUGGCCUAAAAUGAAUCCUCCACCAGUGAAAGAAAACUGUAGAUCUGCCAGUGAGAAAACUGUGUACAAAUACGAGUUUUAUUUCCCAGCAAACAGUAAUGCAAAUGAGACCAAAAUGGCAUAGAAGAUAAGUGGACAAAGUUUGAAUGAUGUGGUGGAGGCACAGUGCUUGGGAAACCUACACACCUCCACCUGGCAUGGAAUGUACAGUGAACAUAUUUGUACUGAACUACUGCAUUGUGCAUAUCCAGUAGUGCAGUGCCCCCAACUGAAGCUGGUACAGGAGCUAACGUGGAUAUUGGUGUUCUGCCAGUCUCCAUGAGUCUGGUCAACAACAUCAAAGCAGCAGAACUAGAGAAACUGGGAUAAUUGUAAAAAAAGACUACUAGCCUCUGGAUCUCCAUGAUGGACAUACCAAGACACAAACUGCAUCAACUGCUUGCAGGAAUGAAAAUAGAAAGGUCAUUUUUUUUGGAAUAGUUUGGCAGUUUCCCCUAAUGCCACCUGAACCCAAGAAAUGAAAGCAGGAGCCUAUCCUGAAAGUGAACGAGGACUGUCUGUAGGUCACCUAUGGCUGUAUUGUGUUCACGUUGUCCUUGUCAAGGUGUGCAGCCUUUAGUUGCUCCUUCAUCUUGUUUUAAAGACUUCCCUACAUUUUAAGUUUAUUUAACCUGUUUUACCUUAAUCGCAAUGUGUUCACCUGCUUCUGAUCACUUAUAUUUGUAUGCCACAGGCUGGCAUCUCCAGUUCUCGAGAGUCACAAGGUAUGCAUGUUUUUUUCUAUUAAUUCUGUUAUAAUUAAUUAGCCUUGACUGAGUUGAUUGAAUGGAUGGCAUGAUGUAAAUCACAUUAAACCAACCCUAUAAUUUUUCAAUUAUGUGAAAUUGCAGUUCAGGCAAUAGAACACCUGUACAGGAUAGAUGAAUGAAGCCAAUCUUUGGCCAUUAAAUAAAUCAGUCAGAUUAUAUCCAUUAUUUCAAAUAUUCUGGUUAGUUAGUUGCUCGUUGUUAUUGAUUGAUUGAUUAUUUGAUCAAUUCAUUGAUCAAUUGAAUAUUAAAUUCUGUGGUAAUGUACUCUAGGUUGAGCAAAUUAUCGCAAUGAAUCAAAUUAUGAGAAAAUAUAAAUGUUAUGUUAAAUACAUUAACAUAAACAGAUCAGUGAGAUAUCUUCCAUCUGUAGACCUCCCCUUCUCUAAUGUAAUUUCAUAAAAAUACAUGUACAGUAGAGUAAUUUCUGCUAUAAUGCCAGAAAUAUGUUUUCCCCAAACCUCACGUUAUACAAAACAAUGCAAUAUAAAAAGGUUUAUAGAAAAAUGGGGUUAGACCCAGAGCACUCAGAGCACUCAAGAACUAAACAAACCAGUAACUAUUAUGGUUAAAACACUUCAUAAGAUGAAACUUUUCUUCAGGUGUCAAAGUUUAUUCUAUGUUCAACUUUCUAAGCUUCACAGAUUCUUUUCUGUUUACUUGUAUUUACAGCCAUGUAGUAGAUUUUGUGAAAAUAAGAUGGGGCAUGUAUGUCCCCCAUGCUCUAUGACAAUUUGGCAAGAUUCAGCUGUGAUUCAAUACUAUUUUGAUCAAUAUAAAAUGUACUGAAAUGUCAUAUUUAUGAAGUAAAAACAUAAAUCUUAUCAUAUUAGUUUUGCACAGCAAAAAUCAUUUGGCUUUAGGUAUCUUGAUAUGAAAACAGAUUAUAUGCAAUAUAAAGAUAAUAGUGUCAAGAUGGGUGUAUCGAUUCAUGACAUCUUCAUCAUCUUUAUUAUUUUUGGCUGAUUUCCUUCCUCCUAAAUUUGGGCUGGAUUGGAGAUUUUGAAUUGAUGCAGCUGCAUGGUUGGGCUUGGGCUGGAUGUGCGAUUCAAAUCAUUUUUGGUUACACCCAUAAAAUAGCACUUCCCAAGCAAAGCUAACUGAAGGCUGAAGGCUGAGAAUGCAGUGCUUUUCUCUGUGGGAAAGCCAGCAGACAUCUGCAGCUUGCAUCUGCUCUUCUUUCAUAAAUUGCAUAUGCCGCAAUUCACAUUGUGGGAAGAGGUGUAAUAGCAAAACUGCCUAUACCAGUAUUUCCCAAUCCAGUCCUCGGGGACCCACACACGGUCCACAUUUUUGCUCCCACUCAGCUCCCUGCCAGACAGUCCACAUUUUUGCUACCUCCCAGCUCCCUGCAAAACAGUCCACAUUUUGGCUCCCUCCCAGCACCUAGCCAGACAGUCCACAUUUUUGCUCCCUCCCACCACCUAGCCACACAGUCCACAUUUUUGCUCCCUCCCAGCUCCCUGCCAGACAGUCCAUAUUUUUGCUCCCUCCCCGCACCUAGCCAAACAGUCCACAUUUUUGCUCCCUCCCAGCUCCCUGCCAGACAGUCCACAUUUUUGCUCCCUUCCAGCACCUAGCCAGAUAGUCCACAUUUUUGCUCCCUCCCAGCUCCCUACCAGACAGUCCACAUUUUUACUCCCUCCCAACUGCCUACCUGGGAGGAUAGGGAAAUACUGGCCUAUAGUGAAGGAAAAUUGUACAUAGCCUUCAGCCAGCACAUGUUAACUUAGGUAAAUUAAAUAAAUAAAUUCAUUAAAUCACUGGGCUGAUACAAGCUGAGACAGUGAAUCAGCACACCCUGCAGAUCUCACGGACUGGAGCGCCACGCCUCAUAUAUGUGUGGUGGGUCUUCUGGAUGUUGCUUCUUUAUGUAACUUUAUGUAAUUAUAUAUUCACUCGUGUAAUUACUUUGGAAUCUUACCUGUUUAUUUUCUGUUUAAUGGCUAAAUUACGGUAGUCCUGAUAAAUCACAGUCACAUUAUACAAUUACUGCUAUAAAAUAAGGUCCAGAACACACAACAUACCAUGUACAAAUACACAUUUAUAUUAGGACUUCCGUGAUAAACGUGUUAAAUCGGCACAAUUAAUGUAAAUGAGUAAAAUUCAUUAAAGCUUUUCUGUUCACAUCUCCCCCCAUUUAUCUCACCGUUUUCAUGACCUGCUGUCCCCCGAAAAGCUCAGGUGUAAACCAGUAUGCAUUGUAGAUUAUAAGAAUGUAAGAUGUGUUCAUAAAUAUUAUCCAGGAUUUGUUGUAAAUAGGAAAUUGCUUUACCUGUGUAUUAAUAAUGCAAGCUAGCACUGUUAUUGUUAAUUUUGUACCCGUGUAGUGUGAAUCAAAUCAACAAAUAAGCACCAGUGUAAUAUUCAUAUAGCGAACUCAAAGCAGGUAUUAUUAGCUAAAUGAGUUAAGUGCGGAUCAUUUUAUAUUUUUAUUUUUACGAAAGCCAACUGAUUAAUUGUUCUAAAUAAACCAAUAAUUAUUCUGGCCUGCAGGCUAUUGACACCUUAGUUUUUGGCUGUUACGUAUAUAUAAGGAAAUUGUACAGCUGGGUGGAAUGAAUACAUUUAGUUUUGUUUAAUCUGAUGGAUGCUUAUGGGGUGUCUAGCACAAAACCUGAAACCCACUGAUGAUCAGAAACACAGCCACUGGACUUACAUUCGUACUGGGGAAGGUGACCCACUGUCCACUGAUUCCUCCUUUAGCAAAUCUUUUAUUGACACCACAGCCAAUGAUGGUGACCUAUUUUUAAGUGGCAAAAAUGGUGAUGCACAUGUGGCGACGUCAUGGCAUUACUUUUAUUAUGGCAUUGCACAAACAACGGCUUUCACCCCCACCAGUCACGGGGUGCGGUCAGGCAGACAGGCAGCUCCCAAGCCAUCGGCGGAGACACAGCUAAAAGGGAACAUCUUCUGCUUUAUCCCAGAGGUGAACAUAAGACAUAUGGCUUUUCCGCUGUGCAGGACAAAAAGGACACAUUUCUUGGGUCAGAGAAGGAGAUCAUAAUUUUUUUCUGUGAUUUUACCCAGUUUUCAUAUUCUCCUUUUUGUCAUCAAUUUAUCUCGUCCUUUUUUGAAAUGUCAUGACAUGUUUUGAGGUGCAAGGGAAUGUGGAGCUGGAAAAUAAAGAUGUAUAUGUAUAUAA